CAUUAUCAAGGUGGUGCUUUUAGGAGCAUCCAGGGAGCAAGGACUUGUCCAAAUUUUGAGUGGAUUAAAUCAUAUACAUGUGUGAUGGAGCCUUCACUUUCCUGUGUGUCUGGAUACUUUGUGACCUUUCUCCUCUUAGAGAUGGUGCUCACCUCGGAGCAGUUCACUGUGCAUACCUCCAGGAGCCUCCAGGUGGUCCUGGUAGGCACGCACACUGAGCUCAGCUGCCAGCUUUCCCCACCAGAGAGUGCGGAACACAUGCAGGUGGGCUGGUAUCGGGAUCACUACCAGCCGAUUUCCAUUUACAUGAAGGAGAAAAAACUCUCUGGCAAAAGCACUCAGAACUAUACAAAUCACACAGUGCUCCUGAAGGAUGCCCUGGGAGAGGGCAAAAUGACCCUGAGGAUCCAUAAUGUCAGUAUUACUGAUGAGGGGAAGUACCACUGUUUCUUUAAAGAUGGCGACAUCUCUGAAGAGGCCGUCGUGGAUCUGAAGGUAGCAGCUCUAGGCUUGGAUAUACAGAUUAAUGUUCAUGUUCCUGACACAAAAGGGCUUGUGGUGGAAUGUAACUCGGGAGGGUGGUACCCACAACCCCAGAUGAAGUGGAGAGACAGCAGAGGGAAUGUAAUUCCAGCCUCAUCAAAAACCUUCUCUGAGGAUGGAGCUGGAUUAUUGCACCUGAAGACAAGUGUUCUUCUAAAAAACAGUACCCAUGGUCCUAUCACUUGCUGCUUUCAUAACCCAGUUACUAGUCAAGAGAAAAGGGCAAGUAUUGUCCUACCAGAUAUCCUGUUAACAUCGGAGUAUAUGUCGACAAUGUGCUAUAUAAAGUCGUGGCUCCUGAUAUACGUAGUACUCUUUGUGCAAUUUCUUCCGUGUUUGAGAUUAAAAGAUAUACAAAAAAAAUGGCACAUUUUUUUUAAAUGUGUGUUGGAGUGUUUACCAUUCCUGAUGCAUGCUAGCAUCUUUCCUGUUUACUGGCUUCUGCGGGAUAAAGACUCUGUUUUGGAUGGCCUAGCCCCAUUUUAUAGUACUUGGAUGUGUGAUAUGUGUUUGAUCCUGGGUUCACUGAUGGCAUUUUUCACCCUACUCAUUUUUGGUCUCCUUUAUACCCUGAAAGAUAUUUCACAAGAAUGAACAUCUGACUACUCAUCUGAAACACAGGAUACUUGAGGACAGUAGAACCAGCAAUGUAAACUUUGAGGAGAAGGCAUUUUGGACCAAGGACCCAUACUUUUGUACAGAGCCAAAUAAUUACAAUGAAUGAGAGCAAAAUAAAAAAAUUCA